CUACCCAACAACCAUGUGAUCAAUCCUACUCCUAUCAUCAAUGUCAAUCACAAGAGCCACACCCACUCUCAAAACCCCGCCCACCACAACAAGCCACACCCCUCGUCUGCUCCUUUGUCAGAACUAAAUGCCACCCCUGUUUCCACAGGAAGAGAGGGCGAGGGAGAGGAGGGAGAGAGGGGAGGGGAGGCAGUAGUUGAAAAUGGACCCACAAUGUCGACAGUGACUCAUGUUUCUCGCAAAUUGUGGCAGAGAGAGAGUUUGGGUGUGGGACAGAAGGAGGGGGAGGAAGAGGAGGGGGAGGGAGAGAUAAGAAAGAGAGUUUCAGAAGUCAGUGUGGAUACAGCCGGUGCAGUUGAAGAGGUGGAAAAGAAACCAGACCUCGUUGAGAGCAAGAAGGAGGAGGUUCGGCCCACAGAGUCACCCACUGCUGCUGCUGGUGACGAUGAUGAGAGAGAGAACACAACUCCAGACAAUCAACAUCUCCUUGACGUCACAGACUCUCCACCAAGCUCCGCCCACAGUCACCCCUCCCCCCUCGCACUCCACGCCUCACACCCUCACUCCGAGCCCAUCGCCAUGGGAAGCCGAUCCAAGUCCAUGUCGUCGUGGCGACGAAGCCCCUCCUACGAGAAGCUCCAGGAGUUUGUGCUUCCGUCAGUACAGGAAGGGGGUGUGGCUAGUGGGGAGGGGAGAGUGGAGGCGGAGUCAAGUCUGGAGAGAUUGAGGAGACCGUCACAUCAGAGUUUGGUGGUUUUGCGGACGGGAGGAGGGAAGGGGGAGGGGCUACUGAGUCCAAACAGACGAAGGAGACAGACUCUUAGUAUGAGUGGCAGUGCCUACAGUGUCGAGUCUAGUGUUGAGGAGAUGCACCCGUCCACCCUGGUGUUUGAGAUCUCAGACUCGCGAAGAACGAGGCACAUAGUGGCCCUCAGCCAGGCCCACGCCAGCAAACUCGGCAAGAGGGUCUCCCACGCACGUAAACUCCACAUCUACAACGACCACAUAUUUGUCGCCACCCACCUCAAACAGCGUUUCUACUGCCACGUGUGUAAGAAGAAGAUCCUGGGGUUCAUGGGGAAGCAGGGCUACGUGUGCCGGGACUGUAACAUGGUGGUGCACAAACACUGCCACUACAAGACAGAGGGGCAGUGCACCAGCUCCAAACUCUCCUCCAUGAAUCUGGACUGCAGUAGUAACACUAGUCAGGAUGACCUCAAGUCACUCUUCGACUCUAUCAAUGGAAUUUUGUUCCCUGGGGGAGGAGUGUCAGUCGUGUCCUCUGGAUAUGCUGCAAUUGGGAGAGCAGUGGUUCAGAUGGCCAUGGAUGCCGUGGACGCAGGAGACUAUUUCCCAGUGUGGGGAACAUGUCUGGGGUUCCAACUACUCACCACCAUGGUCGGAGGAGAAGGGAUACUGAGUCAGGUUGAUGCUAAAAACUACAGCAUCCCUCUCAACCUCACUUCUGCUGCACAGACUAGUCGUCUGUUCUCCCUCUUCUCCUCCUCUGCUCUUGGCUGGAUCUCCCAGGAACCCCUCACUACCAAUAACCACUACUUCGCCGUCACCACGGACACCUUUAAGAAUAACCCCAAACUCACUGAAUUCUUCACCGUCCUCUCCACCAACAUGGACAGAGAUGGGGUGGAGUUUGUGUCGACGGUGGAAAGUAAGAGGUACCCAAUAUAUGGCGUCCAGUGGCACCCUGAGAAGAACGGGUUUGAAUGGGGAUUGAACCAGGCCAACAACCACUCUGACAUUGGGUGGCUGUCACGCAGCUGACCGCCAACUUCUUUGUCCAGGAAGCCCGUAAGAGUAACCACAAGUUUGCUUCAGAGGAAGCGGAGCGGAAAGCUCUCAUUUACAACUAUUCCCCUCUCUACACUCCAGACACACACUUUACCCAGACUUACGAAUUCUGAAACAAUAUUCAUUGUUAACCACGGUUUAUUAUUGUUUAUAUAAUAUAGUAGUCUACAGACUAUUCUGUUUGUGUGUAAAUCUGUAUGUUAUGGUUUGUUGGUAUAAUAAUAUGAUACGAAACACGUGGUGAAUGUGAUAUGAAAAUAGGAUGCAUUGAAUAAUGUGGGCAGUGUUUGUUUGUGGUUGGUUGUGGUUUAACUAAGAGAUGCACUCUUUUUCAGCAUGAAUACAGCGGCACAAUGAAUGUCGUGAUAUGAAAUCACACAAAUUCUAUACAAGACCCCAUUGAGGGACGGCGAGAGGGUGAUAAGGAUUUGAAAGAGGGAGUCAAAACACCUGAACACGGUUGUUUCCCUGGUCACAGACAUACACAAACCCAUCUCCGUCAACAGUAACCCCCACAGGGUAACAAAACUGUCCCAGCUCGCUGCCGUACGACCCAAAUCCCCCCACGUACUCCCCGUCUCUCUGAAACACCGACACGCGGUGGUUGGCAUACUCCGUCACGUAGAGAAGUCCGUCGUGUCCCAUGCAGACUCCCGUCGGUCUCAUUAACGACCCCUCGCCGUUGCCCCGGGUUCCCAGGAAACGCUGAAACUUCCCGCUCUUGUUAAACACCUGAACCCGAUGAUUGUCGCUGUCGGCAAUGUAGAUGAGUUCGCUAUCGUCGCAGGUUACAUCAUAAGGCCAGUUCAUCUCGCCUUUGCCACGACCGUGGCUUCCAAACAUCCCCACCAACUUCAGGUCUUUGGAGUAGAUCUUUAUUCUGUCGUUGUUUCGGUCACAGACAAACACUCUGUCUCCUACCACUGCCACGCCGGAGGGAUGGUUCAGCUCGUCUCUGUCGCUCCCCUCCCUCCCCACCUCCCCAACCAGAGCUCCACUGCGGUCAAACUUGCAGAGAGUGUGUGUGGAGAUGUUGACCAAAUACGAGAACCCUUCACUGUCGAUGGCCAACCCAGUCGGGGCCUUCAGCUGUCGAGAGGCCGCGAAACUCUCGCUCGCGACGUCGUCCCCACUGCGUCUGAAUUUCCGGAUGCUGUCUCCACCAGAUUGAGUCACAAAUAGCUGGUUCUGGGAGUCAAAUGCAGCAGAGUACGGGUGUUUGAGUGAGUCCAUACAGUGGACUGGUUUCUCUAGUUGAGUAGGGGAGAUUGUUGCGAGGACGGGAAACGGAGCGCCCGGAAUUGCCUCUCCGUCUCUCUUGACCCACAGUCGGUGCCUUCCCCUCACCCGAGGGGUGUACCGCACCUCGUACAGACCCCUCCCCACUGGAGUGACGGACCCCUCAAUUGUGGACCCAUCAACCACCGACACCACAGAGGCUGUGAACGUCGCCAGGCGAGGAGUGAAGAGAGGGUCUGAGGUCUCCGUGACACAGUGUGUUGUCUCCUUUCCCACCUCGGCUCUGUGGACGUGGCUGUUGUUGUUCCUGGGGAACAGGUAGACCCGGGCCUUUUCCCUACACAACCCCACAAUCUCCUCCGCCCCCUUCAUUUGGACAGCGAUAUUGGCCACCUCGCAGGGGUUUUGCUCCGACUGUCCCUCGUGUCGGGAGCACUCUUCCUGGAUUCGGUUCUGGAGGUCGUCCUGUAGCGCCAGGAGCUCCUCGUCGCUCACCAGCUCCGUCUUCUGUCUGCAGUACUCCACCACGUUCUGCACCUCGCCCGAGGCCCGUCUCACACUCUUCUCCUGCUCCCGGAGACUUUUUAGCUUCUCCUCGGCGAGCUUGGCCGUCCUCGCUAGCAGGCUCUGCCGCUCCCGCUCCAGAAGAGAGAUGGUCUCGUCGAAGAACGACCGAAUGCUUCGCUCGGCGUCCUCCGCCUGGCCCGAGACGUCGCGGUGCGCGUUCUUGAUCCUCGCCAGCGACUCCGUCAGCUGUUGGCCGACGAUUCUCAGCGGGAAGAGGUUCUGCUGCAGGAGACGGCGGGCCUGAGAGGCGCACUUCUUGGCGGGGUCGUGACCGUGGUCUCCAUGUUCGGCGGCGAUGCAGUUCUCGCACGCUAGUCGCCGGCAGUCACGACAGAACAUCGUCACGGAGCCUCCGCCGCACGCGCAUCUGCACGGCGGCGGUGCGGAAUCGGAGGAGGAUCGGCGGGGUCCCUUCUCUUGCAGCUUCUCUACUGAUGAUACGAAUUGACCAGGAGACAACUUUCCUGUGUUGGCGCAUUCUCCGCGCAUAAAGUCGGAGCACUGCUGGCGGCAGAAGAACGCGGCGGCACCCUCGUUCGAGGGAUGCGAAUCGCUAGUUGGCGACGCAUUGUGAUAUUCUUGUUGGAUUGCAGC